CUGUGAGCAGCCUUGAGCUGAGAAUAAAAGACCCCCAUCUUAAACAGCAGAGACAUGCAAAAACCUCCAAAGAUGACCUGUGCUGCCUUUCUCCUGCUGCUCAUCCUUACAAAUGGAGGGUCCUGUAAGGUGUGCAGUUAUCAGGACGUUCUGAACUACCUGAACCUGACAGUAGACAGCAGCAUGUUUAGACUGACCCGCCCCGUUCUGGACCACACUCACAUCACUGUGGUGAAGCUGGACAUCAUCGUCUAUGCCAUCCUGGCGGUGGUUGAAAAAACACAAACCUUUGUUCCUUUCAUCUGGGCGUCAAAGCAGUGGAAGAAUGAGCUCAUCUCAUGGGACCCGGCUCAGUUUUGUGGAAUCACUCAGAUUUCAGUUCCCAAAGACCUGCUCUGGAAACCAGAUCUAUACAUCAAUGAAAUGAUAGAGAAGGACGACUCCCCUCAAAAUCCAUACAUGAUGGUGACUUUUGAUGGCACAGUCUUUGCUGGUGAUAACAUCCGUGUGGUUAGCACCUGCAAGAUGGAUGUCCACAAGUUUCCCUUUGACACUCAAGAAUGCAGCAUAUCCAUUGGUUCUGCAAUACACUGCAUAAAAGAAAUCCGAAUACUUCCAUCUUCAAACUCCUCUCGGGUUACUCAAUUUUCGCAGCAGAUCAUGAAGACCCAGGGAGAGUGGGAGUUCCUGCGUCUGUCUGUCAACAACUCCAUUCUUUCCUAUGACAACAAGAGUUGGGGGCUGCUCAUAUACACUGUCACCAUAAAGAGAAGGCCCCUUCUCCACGUCAUAAAUUUUUUGUUGCCCAUCCUAUUCUUCCUAUCUCUGGAUCUCGCCUCCUUUUUCAUCUCGGACCAUCGGGGGGAAAAGCUGGGCUUCAAAGUUACGGUUCUGCUGGCCAUCUCUGUCCUCCUGCUCAUCCUUAAUGAAAUCCUGCCCGCCAUGUCCAACAGGACUCCACUGAUAGCAACCUACUGCAUUGUGAUUUUUGCUCUGAUGCUGCUAAGUCUUUUGGAGACGAUCCUGGUCACGUAUCUAAUUGAAAAAGAUGAGCUUGGCUCACAGGAAAACUGGGAGAGCAAACGUAAAAACACCAAAACUAAGAAUUGUGACAAAGACAAUGAGAAGCGAACUGUCUGUAAAAGCAUCUGCGGGGAUUCAGAUAAAGGAAAGCAGCACGACCUUCUUCCUGGACUUGAAGAAGUGAACAGCAGCCUUCAGUCAGGAGAGACUCACGUGUUGCUGUUGAUCCUGGAUGAGCUGAAGAAGCUGCAGAAAGCUGUUAGCCUCCAUCUCAGCUACAGAGAGAAAAGAGUGAAGUUGGUGUCCUGGGCAAGAAGAAUCAACAGAUCUUUCUUCAUUGUCUACACCAUCACUGUUUCUCUCUUUCUGUACCUCAUGUUCAGAGAAUGGAACUCUUAGAAAUAUUAACUAAUCUGUUUAAACGCAAUUGGAUUCUUUAAUUAAUUUGUCAAAGUUAUCAGGAGGGGUUUCCGAAACAGUGCAAUUUCCCCCAUUUUUGCAACUGUUUUGCACACACUAUCUGCUUUGUUUCUGCACUGAGUUCACAAAACAGAGUUCUCUGAAUACAUGCAGAGAAGCAAUUUAAUUCCAGCAGGUGUAAGCAAUUUGCACCUGUUUUUCAGGCACGAAAACAGACGAUAUAGACGUAAUCAAAGAGAAAGAAAAUAUUUUUUUCCCCCUGAUAAAUAACAGCAUCGGACUGUAACAGUAAGGUGUGUGUAAUACACAGCUGCAGAUUGUAUGAAGAAAGUGAUUUACUCACAGUAAGAAAGUUAAA